AUGUCUAAUAAGGCCUAUGAUUUCAACACUCUUCUUUCUCCUGCAUUUUCUAAAUCAAUUCCUAAUUCCAAUGCAGAUUCAAACUUCACUCCCUCAACACCCAUUCCAGUUGACAUCUUUAAAGUUGAUGUGAUGGCAUUUCUCAACAGUUUCAAAGAGAACAACAUUCCAAUCAAACCAAUAACAGAAAACCAAGUUCAUACUAGACGUACACUUGUUGAUAUAAAGCAAGCUGCUAAUACAAUGAAUACAUCUACAACCAGAAAGCGCGAAUUCGAAAGAAGAAGUCUCAAAGCGGCCCCUCGUCAAGUUAACAUUAAGUUUUAA